UGUACGUACAGGUAGGUAAGUUUGCAGACGGUCCCUAAAACAGCCUAGGCGAAUAUCAAACCUAAAACUGACUUUCCGCACCGUCUCACCAACGUAGCAUCACUGCGACAUACAUACUUGAUAAAAGUGAAAGUUUAAGAUUGCCAUGGCCAAGUAUGAGAAAAAGCCAGAACCCGGAGACCUCAUUGAAAUCUUCCGAGGUUUAUACCAGCACUGGGCUAUUUAUGUUGGUGAAGGUUAUGUAAUACACCUGGCACCACCCUCUGAACAUGCACAUGCUGGGGCCAACAGUAUGAUGUCAGUACUACACGAAAGAGCCAGAGUGAAGAAAGAAGAACUUUAUGAAGUAGUUGGAAAUAAUGAUUACUGUAUCAACAACCUUCUGGAUAACAAAUACAAGCCACGUCCUGUUUGGAUGAUUCUACGGGAUGCACACAGUUAUUUGGGAAAAGAACUUCCAUAUAGUGUGUUUACAAGUAACUGUGAGCACUUUGUUACAGAGCUGAGAUAUGGAAAACCAGAGUCCCGCCAGGUGCGAGGUGCAGUGGAGACUGUUGCUGCAGCUGCUGGUGCAGGGAUUGGCCUUGGAAUCAUUGCUUAUGCUAUUUCAACAUUUUUCGGUUCAAAAGACAAAGAGAAGGAGACACAAUGAACAGUGAGAAAUGAGGAACUAAAAGUACUGUAUUAUUUAAAGCCAGUGAACUGUUUGGUGUUUUUAUAAACUUUAAAUAAUUUAAAUAAAUCAUUAAGCCUUAGUUUUAUGUGCACAGAGAGAUUAUAGAACGUAAAUACAAUAAAGCAAUGAUGAAUCCAUAGUCCACUAAUAAAUGCCUUCCUUUUUUCACACGUCACACAUAUAUUUUCUUACUAGAUUUCA